AUGUUUAGUCGUUUUGGAAUGAUGGGCCAACAAAUAGGUCGACCAAUGUGCCCUUUGAUGGGCCCACGAAUGGGCCCAAUAAUGGGUGAAAUGGGUAGGCCACCAAUGGGCGGACGAAUUAGAAGAAUGGACCAAUGGAAGGACCGAAUGGAUGAAACGGACAACACAUGUGAAGAUGAACAUCUAGCACCACCAGACCUUAUCCGAAUAGUAUUGAUCGUAGGUAUGGGAAGUACAGCAUGUUUGAUUGGAAUUGUUCUAAACACGCUGCUGCUCCUGACGUUUUCUCGGCUACGAUUCCGGAACACAAACCUACUCUAUCUAUUUCUCCUAGCCGUAUUCGACAUAUUCGUUGAACUUUUCUUUAUGGUUCUUAUUGCCGCUUCAACAUUACUCAUAGUGUCUGCAUCGUUCGAGCGUUAUAUUUGCUCAUUUCGUUCUACGGCAGGUAUUGAGCCAAAAAAGCGAAUGAUUGUUAUUGCUGUAGUAAUUUUCUCAGCAAUUAUUAUGAAGGGAUCCAUAUAUUUUGAGCUGGAAUUGCAUACGUUUCCGUACUGCCGGGCAUUCAGCAAUCUACGACUGGACCUUUCAGAAAUUACUCGAAGUGAUAUCUACAAGACUGUGUGGAUGUUCUGGUGCCGCAAUUUUCUUAAUGUCUUUCUUCCAUUUUCGCUAUUGCUGAUGUUAAAUUGGGCUACUAUAGCCAACCUCAACAAAAAUUCCAAGGACUUCAUUGCUGAGCAACUUCCGACACUUCUACCCGGUGGCGCGAAAGCACCUUUAGUCAUGCGUAAGAAGAAGGAUGCAACUCGAACUCUUGCCGCUUUGGUGACAAUUUAUCUACUAACAAACACUCUAAAUCUUCUUCUAACCAUUAUGGAAUUUAUUCAUCCAGAAUUUUUGAGGGACCUAGGAGAAGGACGGGUGUACAAUUAUCUUGCUGACUUGUCGUCACUUCUGACUAUUUCAUCGACGGCGACUCGACUACCUGUCUACUAUCACUGUAACCAUGAGAUUCGAAAACAGCUUCGACACUUUUUUCGUCAAUUUCAACUCACUAAACACAUUGUUUUAUCACAUGAUGCAGAAAAUGUGUAA